AUGGCCACCCAGCGCCUGCAGUACCGACGACGCAACCCCUACAACACCCGGUCCAACAAGGUCCGCGUGAUCAAGACCCCCGGCGGUAGCCUCCGUCUUCUUCACCUGAAGAAGCGCGGCACUGCUCCCAAGUGCGGCGACUGCGGCACCAAGCUGCCCGGUAUUCCUGCCCUCCGCCCCCACGAGUACGCCACAACCUCCAAGGCCGACAAGACGGUGCGCCGAGCCUACGGCGGCUCGCGCUGCGGCAACUGUGUGCGCGACCGCAUUGUGCGCGCCUUCCUGAUCGAGGAGCAGAAGAUCGUCAAGAAGGUGCUCAAGGAGAGCGAGGGCAAGUCCAAGAGCGGCAAGAAAUGA